AUGUUCCAUAGUUAUGAUCCAAUCCGCAAGCAGCUUUGCUUUGCGGAACUCUCUGAUCACAACAAUCAGAUUGUGAGAAAACUCAGCACGCCUUUCUCUGAUGUGUUGUUGCCUGAGGUCAACAUAAUAGGUUCUUGUAAUGGUUUGUCAUGCUUAUCAGACAAUGUAAAUGGCGAUACAAUGUAUAUAUGCAAUCCUUUUACAAGACAUAACAAAAACCCGCCUUCCCCCUAUUUUAGAAUCCAUAAUUACCGUGCACGAUCAGAGGUCUUCGUAUACAGUAGUUGGAGUCCUGGUUGGAGAAGUCUCGGACGGGUACGUUUACCUUACCAGCUCGAGCAACAAUCAUCAGAAGCACUGGUGAAUGGAAGACUUCAUUGGUUGACUUUGCGGCAUAAAUGUGAAAGUCGUUAUGCACGGAGCAUAGUAUCUUUCGAUUUAGGUGAUGAAAAGUUUAGGGAGGUCCCGAGACCGGGUGGGCAAGAAAGGUGUGACUAUCAUUUGACAGUGCUAAGAAAAUGUCUUUCCGCAGCAUUUUGUAAUUACGAGGAUUUGGAGAUUUGGGUUAUGAGAGAGUACGAUGUGCAAGAGUCGUGGAUCAAGGAGUUCAACAUUGGAACUAGUUCUGUGCCUCGGGUGGCGUUGAAACCAGAAUUGAAGCAAUCGUAUGCGAUUUGGAGGAAGAUUUCGCAGGGGAGACCUGCUCAAGUUCUCUGUCUUUUAAAGAAUGGCAGUGUUUUGGUACAGUAUAGAGGUAGAGUUUUGGUGUCUUAUGAUCCAGAGAGUGGAAAAUUUGAGAAGCUAAUGUUUCAGGGGAUGCCAGAACUGUUUCAAACAAUUGUUCAUUUUGGCAGCCUAGCUUAA